AUGGCCGACUACGCCAUGUUCCACGCCCUCGGCCAGGGCGAGCAGCUCGACCCCAACGACCCCCGCCGAACGACACAGCCCGCAGCCCCGACUUUUGCCCGCCCAUUGCUCCCCAGCCGUAUCAGCAGCAGCAGCAGCAGCAGCAGCAGCAGCCGUACCAGCAGGCGUAUGGGCAGCCUCAGCAAGGUCAGCCGGGCUAUGGAGUGCCACCAGCCGGUCUGGGACAACCUGCCUAUGGCGGUCAAGCUCCGUAUAUGGGCACACCGUCGCCCGCCGGGCAGGGCUUUGGUGCGCCGCCACCUGUCGCUGGACAAGCAGCAGCCGGGCCAGACCACGCGGAAGAAGAAGAAGGACCGGCACGCGUAUCACCAUGUCGAGGCACCCGUGGGCUCGUCUAUGGGCUUCUCGGCCGCUGCCAUGUCCGGAGGACCUGUGCCAGGCGCACCAGGCGCACCAGGCGUCCCAGGCGUCCCAGGCGUUCCCGGUGCACUUGGCUUUGAUAACGGGCCCAUCACACCCCAGAUGAACCAGUUUCCGGCCGCUGCCAGCGCCCCCUUUACGCCCGCCAACCCCACCGACCCGGCCAGCUUUGGGGCCCGUGGUGCUGUGGCCGAGGCAGGAUCGGUGCCUGCCAUGGUGCCCGCAUCCGGCCACCAGAAGGUGUCCGCCGACGAUAUCCCCAGCGUUCCUCUGUCGCGCGACUCGUUGCAGCAGCACUUCUUGACCAACGUCUACCCGACCUUUGAGCGCCACGUGCCGCCGCCUGCCGCCAUCUCCUUUGUCGCCUACGACCAGGGCAACUCCUCGCCCAAGUACACCCGUCUCACCAUGAACAACAUCCCCUCCACCGCCGAGGCGCUCCACAGCACCGGACUGCCGCUCGGUCUGUUGGUGCAGCCCCUGGCGCCCCUGCAGGCGGGCGAGCAGCCCGUGCCCGUGCUCGACUUUGGCGAGUCUGGCCCGCCGCGGUGUCGGCGCUGCCGCGCGUACAUCAACCCGUUCAUGGUCUUCCGGUCCGGCGGCAACAAGUUUGUCUGCAACUUGUGCACGUACCCCAACGACACGCCGCCCGAGUACUUUUGUGCCACCUCCCCGCAGGGCGUGCGCGGCGACCGCGACCAGCGGCCCGAGCUGUCGCGCGGCACCGUCGAGUUUGUCGUGCCCAAGGAGUACUGGACCAAGGAGCCCGUCGGUCUGCGCUGGCUCUUCCUGAUCGACGUCACGCAGGAGUCGUACAACCGCGGCUUCCUCGAGGCCUUUUGCGAGGGCAUUCUGGGCGCGCUGUAUGGCGGCGAGGACGAGGUGGACGACAACGGCGAGCCCAAGCGCCGCAUCCCGCAAAAUGCGCGCGUCGGUUUCGUCACGUACGACAAGGAAGUGCACUUUUACAACGUGGCAUCCAGUCUUGAACAGGCGCAGAUGAUGAUCAUGCCCGACAUCGAGGACCCCUUUGUUCCCCUGAGCGACGGCCUGUUUGUCGACCCCUACGAGUCCAAGGCCGUCAUCACCUCGCUCCUGACGCGCCUGCCGCAAAUGUUCUCGACCAUCAAGAACCCCGAGCCGGCGCUCCUUUCCACGCUCAAUGCAGCCAUCUCGGCACUCGAGGCCACAGGCGGCAAGGUGGUCUGCGCCGUGUCCUCGCUGUCGACCUGGGGCCCGGGUCGCCUCUUCAUGCGCGACGACGGCAAGCACACAGGUGGCGAGAUGGACAAGAAGCUGUACACCACCGAGCACCCGGGCUGGCGCAAGGCCGCGGAGCGCAUGACGUCGGCCGGCAUCGGCAUCGACUUCUUCCUGGCGGCGCCCGCCGGUGGCUACCUCGACGUGGCCACGAUCGGCCACGUGUCAUCAACGACGGGCGGCGAGGCGUUCUACUACCCCAACUUUAUCGCGGGCCGUGACAACGCCAAGCUGUCGAUGGAGGUCAAGAACGCCGUGACACGCGAGACGGGCUUCCAGGCGCUCAUCAAGGUGCGCUGCUCCAACGGCCUGCAGGUGUCCAACUACCACGGCAACUUUGUGCAGCACACGCUGGGCGCGGACCUGGAGGUGGGCUCCAUUGACGCGGACAAGGCCAUUGGCGUGACGUUUAGCUACGAUGGCAAGCUGGAUACGAAGCUGGACGCGCACUUCCAGUCGGCGCUUCUGUACACGACGGCCGACGGCCAGCGGCGCGUGCGCUGCAGCAACAUCAUUGCGAGCGUCAGCGAGAGCACGCGCGAGAGCCUCAAGUUUGUCGACCAGGACGCCGUGUACGGCAUCCUGGCAAAGGAGGCGGCCACCAAGCUCGCGAGCACGUCGGCCAACCUCAAGGACACGCGGAACUGGCUGACCGAAAAGACGAUUGACAUUCUGGCCGGCUACCGCAAGCACCACGCCUCGGCCUCGGUACCGCCGAGCCAGCUGAUCAUGCCGGAGCGCCUCAAGGAGUUCUGCAUGUACAUGCUCAGCCUGCUCAAGUGCCGCGCGUUCAAGGGCGGCAGCGAGACGGGCGACCGCCGCGUUCACGAGCUGCGCAUGCUCCGGUCCAUGGGCGCGCUCGAGCUCAGCCUCUACCUCUACCCGCGCAUCCUACCGCUGCACAACCUGCAACCCGAGGAGGGCUUCCCCGACCCGGAGACGGGCCACCUGCGCAUGCCGCCGGCGAUGCGCGCCACGUUUGCCAAGGUCGAACCGGGCGGCGUCUACCUGGUCGACAAUGGACAGCAGUGCCUGAUUUGGCUCGAGAAGCAGACCUCGCCCAACCUGAUCCAGGACCUGUUUGGCGAGGACAAGGACAAGCUGCAGUCGCUCGACCCGUACAUGUCGUCGCUGCCCGUGCUGGAGACGCACCUCAACGCGCAGGUGCGCAACAUGAUUGAGUUUUUGAAGACGCUGCGCGGGUCCAAGGGCCUGACGAUCCAGCUGGCGCGGCAGGGCCUGGACGGCGCCGAGUUCGAGUUUGCGCGGAUGCUGGUGGAGGACCGCAACAACGAGGCCCAGAGCUAUGUGGACUGGCUCGUGCACAUCCACAAGGGCGUGCAGAUGGAGCUUGGUGGCCAGAAACGAAAGGACGAGUCCAGUGAAGCCUCGAGUGUGCUGGGCUCCUCGUUUGGCGGUCUUCGGCCGGCAUACUUUUGA